AUGACUCACGAGUCCGUUUGGUUCAGCCGGCCCCGCAAGUACGGCAAGGGUUCCCGCGAAUGCCGUGUCUGCGCCCACCGUGCUGGUCUGAUCCGCAAGUACGGCAUGAACAUUUGCCGUCAGUGCUUCCGUGAGAAGUCUUCCGACAUCGGUUUCAACAAGGUUCGUUUCUUUUUCGCCCCAUCGAUGCAAGAAUCACCCGAGAAUUCCAAGAAUAUCUUGUCGACUAUGUUCUCGUCGAGCAAGAGAUUCUUCGUUCCCCCGCCCACCAUCGAAACCGCCACACACAAAAAAAAGCAGACAGCAUACUAA